CAAUGUCUCAAAAACACAUAUUGAGUCAAAAGCAGUUAUAGGUUUAUUUAAACAACAAUCUGAAGAGAUAUAGCUUUAUUUAACUCAUGUAGACUUGCUAUUCAAGACAAAAAAUUUUCAAUAAGAUUAAGUAAUUCUUAAAUAAUAAAUCUGAUUUCAAUGAUAAAGAAUGUAUUGCUAGACAUGAAAUUUAGCAUACAAAUAAAAAUGCAAGAUGAU